CUCCAAUUCCUUUCUCUGUCUCUUUGAAUAGAAUCAGAAAGCUGCAAACAACUGGUGUGAGCUAUAUCUCUUCUCAAACGUCACUUUCACCUUCCAGUCUUGGAUGAUACAGCUAGAUUUAUAUCCCCACGAAUCAAUAAUUCUAUGUCCUCUUUUAUUCCAUUAUAUAUAGCCGCCGGGGAUUUCAGUAUUUGUAAAGGGGAGAUUUAUUACUCGUAUACAAGAGAAAACCCUUUCAUUUCUCUCUCCAUAUAAUCAGUCAAGUGAAAGAAGAUGAAUAGCCUUCUGCAAUUUCUCUGUCUUUUAUCCAUAUCCUUAUUGGUUCUAGACAGUUGUGGAGAUGCUCGUCAAUCGCCAUUCAUCAGUGACAAAGAUUCCAGUGCAUUUCUUGAAAAAAAGUCUCAGCAUUUGGAGAAGUCAAAACUUCAUAGUGCUACAGUAUUGGAUGUCUCUCAUCCCAAGAAGACCGAGGUGAAGAAAUACAUAAGAAGUGAAUCCAACGGUGGAGGAGUGACAGAUCCCAAAAGGAAGAAGAUUGUCAGAAAUCUUAUGGAGGAGGAAGAAGCGUUAGGGAGGGAGAUGAUUGAGCAUAUUGAUUAUGCAGGAGCCACAACCCAUCCACCCAGUGAACCUCCCAAGAAAAAGAAGACUAGCUCCAAUCAGAAAGGCCUGCACCCUCCAUCACGCGCACAUUAAGAACAAUUUUAAUACAGAUUUCUGCUCUUUUUACUACAGAAGACCACGUAUCAUGCGAAAGGUCAGGGUUUGUAGGAUUCCAUGUAGCUUUUGCUGAGAUUAAAUUAGUAUUUAUUGCUCAGGUUUGUACUGGAAGUAUUUCAUUCGGUGCAGGGAUUAUAACUAUGUAUACCAAUAUUCAAUCCUUGUUGCAGAAUUCUAAGUGGUUUCAUAUGUAGAAACCUGCAGUGCAUCUGCAAUUAGCCAAAGUGAAUAUUAAAUAAGAUUUUAUGUUUGCUUGUCA